GUCCCCUCUCACACUGCAUCAGAAGCGAAGGGAAAAUUCCGUUACAUCUCUGGAUUUUGAAUCAAGUUGAUCGCUGCUCAAGCAACUAUAUCUAUUUUCUUCACCCACUGUCCUGUCGAUCGUGGGAGUCUUUGCAUAUUGUCAUAAUUUGUGGACUAGAAUACCGUCCCUGAAGGUGUACUGAGCGCAAACCAGACAUAGUCAUUGAUUGGGCUUCUUAAUCCCUUGUUUGUGUUGUUGUUACGGACGAGUUGAAAUUAUCUACAUAACAUACAAAUAGUCGUUGGCUGGUAAUCUUUACUCUGGUUUUACUCUUUUAUCACCGUAAAUCGCCCACUCGAAGUGUUGAUUAUCACUGAUCUGUGAUCGAAGUCUACGUUCUUCGUCGUUUUUUCUGUGGAUUAUGUCGUCUCUACUGUUGGUUUUUGUUGUCUUCCUUUGCCUUCCAGGUUUGAUAUCGAGUCAGCUUGACGAUAUUGAAGAAGAUAACUGCAUCAGUAAUGCGUGUUAUCCUUCAACUGGAGAUCUUCUUGUUGGUCGUGGUAAAAAGCUUUAUGCCAGUUCAAUAUGUGGUGAAAAAGGCCCACAAAGAUACUGCACAAUCUCGAAACUUGAUGGUCGUUCCUGCACUUAUUGCGAUUCGAGAUCUAUUUCACCAAAAAUAUACCAACACUUACCUGAGUUCAUGGAAAUUAACUUUAAUGAGAAAAAGCAAUCUUGGUGGCAGUCUAAAAAUGGGCAAGAAAGUGUUUAUUUGCAGCUGGAUUUUGAUGCACAAUUUCAUGUCACGCAUGUCAUAAUGAAAUGGAAAUCAUUUCGUCCAGCUGCCAUGUUGAUUGAGAAGUCUUUUGAUUAUGGACGAUCGUGGAAUGUCUCAAGAUACUACGCUAAGAGUUGUCAAUUGUCUUUUCCUGGUGUACCGACGAGGCCAACCAGAGACAUCUCUAUCCCUUAUUGCACCCCAAAAUACUCUAAACUUGAACCAUCUACUGGAGGAGAGGUUGUCUACAAAGCAUUGAGAGGUAAUGAAAACGCUGCAGAUGUUAAAACACAGAAUUUAUUGCGAGUGACCAACCUCCGUAUAAAAUUUACCAAACUAAAUACUUUGGGAGAUGAUAUUAUAGACAACAGCUUGGAAUCGACUUUGAAUUACUACUAUGCUGUUGAUUGGAUCACAAUUCGUGGCAGUUGUUCGUGUUAUGGUCAUGCUAGACAUUGUCUUCCUGGACCUGGUGAAGAUAGUGGUGUGUCAGGAAUGGUUCAUCGUAUAUGUAACUGUACACACAACACAAAAGGAGUUAAUUGUGAGGAAUGUAAAGAUUUAUACAACGAUCAUCCAUGGCGACCAGCUGAACAAGGAAAUCCCAACGAAUGUAGAAAAUGUGAAUGUAACAGCCAUGCAGAUAAGUGUAAAUUUGACGUUGCUGUUUGGGAAGCUUCUGGUCAAACUAGUGGUGGCGUUUGUAUUGACUGUAAACAUAACACCAUUGGUACCAAAUGUGAGAAAUGUAAACCAUUGCAUUAUAAGGAUCCUUCUUUACCCAUGAGUGAUCCAAAUGUUUGCAAAACUUGUGACUGCGAUCCUUCUGGGUCUGUCGGUCUUGGUGAAUGUCAAAUGGAGGAAGACCCUGUUCUCAACUUGCGAGCAGGUCAAUGUAUAUGCAAGAGAAAUGUCUAUGGAGCUCGCUGUGAUCGAUGUAAGAAUGGGUAUUUUAAUUUGAGAAAAGAGAAUCUUGAUGGAUGUGAAGCAUGUGCUUGUGACAUAAACGGUGCUAUUGGUUCAAGUUGUGAUACAAUCACAGGAAAAUGUCAAUGUAAAAGAUUUGUUGAAGGCGACAAAUGUGAUAAAUGUUUUGAUGAAUACUGGGGCCUGGCGUCUUCAACUGGAUGCAAACCAUGUGAUUGUGACCCGGGGGGUGCCUAUAGCAACCGAUGUGACCCUGUGAGCGGACAGUGCUCUUGUAGACCUGGGAUCGAGGGGAUGAAAUGCGACCGCGUCAUUCCUGGGUACUACUACGCACUUUCUGACAACCUUAAAUAUGAGGCAGAAGAUGCGCGAGGGAUUGGGUUGACGAAAAUAAGACUUCUUGAACGUUUUAACAACACUCCUGUCGUUUGGAGUGAUGUUGGUAGUGUGAAGAUAACUGAAGGAAAUGCAGUAGAGUUCACAGUCACAAAUAUUCCUGUUACUGGAAACUAUAAAAUUCUCAUGAGAUUCCAUCCUAGGACUUUAGCAUUUUGGGAGGAAGUAAAGGUUUCCAUUACUCGGGCUGAUGGUCAAAGGACAGUUAAUGGUGUUUGUGGAAAUUCUCUAUCGUUUAAUGGAUAUUCUGUGUUUAUCACGAUGCAGUCUUUUCAACAGACAAAACUUCUUGAUGAUAUGGUGUGUUUGGAGAAAGGUGUACAUUAUUUUCUUCGCGUUGACUUCAAUCGUCACCAAGGACGCGAUGAUCACAUAAACUUGGACUCUGUUGUUUUGAUACCAGAUAUGAGUUCUGUAGAUAUAUUUCAAGGAGGACGGGGACAGUUAAGGUUUAAUGAUUUUAUAAAUUACCGUUGUGAACAAUCGAAUCUUCUUGCGAGAUAUCCUCGACUGAAGGUCAACGAAGUGUGUAAAAAGUUACAUUUCUCUGGUUCUGCAAUCAUUUACGAUGGAGCCAUAUUGUGUGCCUGCAAUGAGAUUGGCACAGUGAAAAAUGUCAGCGGUAUUUACACGUGUGACAAUGCUGGUGGUCAAUGUCCUUGUAGAAUCAAUGUGAUUGGUCGUACUUGCCAGAAAUGUGCUCCUGGGACUUAUAACUUUGGCCCAAAUGGUUGUUCACCUUGUGAAUGCGAUCUCCGUGGAUCACAUGACAAUUUAUGUGACGUUGUUACUGGUCAAUGUAAGUGUAAUGGUCUUGGCAUUGGUCGAAAGUGUAACGAAUGUCCUGACGGAGAAUGGGGUUUUCCCACGUGUCGCCCAUGUGAAUGUAAUGGACAUGCAUCACGUUGUGAUCCCGUGACAGGCGUCUGCAUCGACUGCGCCCACAAUACCGCUGGCGUGAAUUGUGAACUUUGUAAGGCAGGAUAUUAUGGCAAUGCUACGAAAGGUACCUCAACCGACUGCCAAAAAUGUCAAUGUCCCGGAGGAAGCAGUGAAAAUGAUUUUAGUCCCACGUGCAGAGUAGAUGGAAGUACUAUACCUCCAUCGUUUAUCUGCGAUAAAUGUGAGCCUGGAUACGAAGGAAAUCAAUGUGAGUCAUGCAGUGAAGGUUAUUAUGGUAAUCCCCUUCUUCCUGGGGGAAAAUGUGAAAAAUGCAACUGUAGUGGAAACAUCAACGUUACUUUGUCUGGGGGAUGUGACAAAAAAACAGGAGAGUGCUUUGGAUGUCUUUAUAAUACCGCUGGCUAUUACUGUGACGUGUGUAAGCCAGGUUACUAUGGUAAUGCAAAGAAUCAGACUUGCCAAGCUUGCAACUGUAGCGAGAUUGGAACAGUUUUGAAUUCAGGCUCUUGUGAUUCUUUCACUGGUCAAUGUCAAUGUAAGCCAAAUGUUGUUGGUUUGUCAUGUGAUCGUUGUGCGCAAGAUUACUGGGACCUAAAUAGUGGUACAGGAUGUAAAGCAUGCAAAUGUUGUAAAGAUGGUUCAACAACAACUCAAUGCGAUGAGGUAAGUGGAGCUUGCUCGUGUCGUGGUGAUUUCGGAGGUCCCAAUUGUUGUCAUUGUGAAGAUGGUUUCUGGGGUGUACCCCCCGGCCAAUGUCAACCUUGCAACUGUAAUCCCAAUGGAGUCACACAGUCACAAUGCGAUAGAAAAACUGGGAAAUGUUAUUGUAAACCUGGUAUCACGGGACUCAAAUGCAAUAAAUGUGAAUUGGAAACAACUCGAUUAUUUCCGGAAUGUAAAGCGUGCCAUGAUUGUUACUAUAGUUGGGAUAAAAUCAUUUCUGAACUCGAAGAUUUUGCUCGACGUUUGAAUAGAACUAUUAGGAAAGAUGGAGACGAUGCUAUUGUAAGUGUUGAUUAUCAGAAGGAAAUUGAUGCACUUAAAGAAAUCUUGCGAAAAAUUGAAUACAUUCUUGGCAACAAAACCACUUUCCUUUCUCAUGUUGAAAAUGUUCAAAAUGAAAUGGAUGAACAUGAAAAGAAAGUCGUGGAAAUGAUGAAAAUUAUUGAAGAAUUAAAAGAAAACCUGAACGUCACUCGGUUACGUAUGAACAAUGCAAAUAUUGAGAUAGAGAAACUUUGGAAAAAUUAUAGAAAAUUGAAAGUUUUAUUUGACGGUCAUUUGGACGAGUUAACGACGACUAUUGAAGGACCAAAGGCUGAUGAUGCAUUGAAUAUUACAAAUCAUUACUAUAGAAUAUCCAAUAAAACACUUGAUGACGCUAAAGAUGUAAGAAAAAUUGUUGACGAGUCAGCAAUAAAACGUGAAGAGUUUAAAAGGAAGACGUCUGAAUAUGAAACAAGAAAUAGGAAAAUUUUUGAGAAAUUAGAAGAUUAUCGAAGGGAAUAUGGCGAUUUGAAUGAUAUUAUUGCUUUGAUUAAUGCUAAGCUCUGUGGUAGUAACUCAACGUUAUGUGGUGGUUGUACAAUCAUUGGUUGUGAUGGUUGUGGUGAUAAUAAGGGAUGCGAUGGUGCUGUACCACUUUCUAUGGUUGCCUUGGAGAAGGCAAAAUUGGCUGAAGAUGCAUUAAGAUUAAAAGAAGAAAAGGCAAACGCAACGCUGGCCGAAGCAAUUGAGGCUCAAAGUAAAGUCGACAAUGCCAUGAACGAAGCUAAAAUAGCUCUGGAACUUGCCAAAUCUAUUGAAUUGCAGACUUUCAAUAAUACUGUCGUCGUGGGCGGUUUAAUAGAGGAAAUCUACAUUUACCUGAACCGUAGUGCAGUCUUGGAUACGGACGAGAUUCGAAGAAUUGGCGAGUUUGUUUUAGGACGAAAAUUAAAUAUAUCAGAAGAAGGAAUAAUCAUGCUUGGUGAAAGGAUAAAGGAAGCUGUAAGAAAACUUACUGGCAUUGAUCAAAUUCUUGAAGACACAGAAAGAGAUUUUGCAAUGAUUGAAGAUCUUAAACAACAGGCAAUACAAGCCAACACAUCUGCUACUGUUGCAUCGCGAACUGCGCAAAAUAUAACUAAAUGGUUGAAGAUGGUCGGCGUUAUUCAAAAUGGUUGGAAAACAUCUUUAAAUAAAACAAAAGAUAAAUUGGAUUACAUCGACCUUAAAUUAUUAGAGAUUGAAGGUCUAAUAAACAAGACGAUGAAUAGGUCCUUUGAGUCUGUUCGCAUAACGAACGAAGCGAGUAAAAGACUUGGACCUUUGGAUAUGAAAUUCAGUGAAAAUGAGAAGUCAUUGUUAAACAGUGAAAAAGAUAUCAAUGAGACAGCCAAACUUGCGUCCGACACAAAAACUAACUCAAAUAAUGUGAAGAUUUUAUCGGAGGAAGUAAAUGAGCAGUUUAAUAAAACUUUGAAUGACACUUUAAAGUUUCACAAAAGAGCAAAGAAAGCUUUUGAUUCUGCCACGACAAUUAAACUGUCACUUAUAAACACUCUCCGUCGAUUGCAAAGUUAUUACAUAGAAAGAAAUGACUUGGACGAUGUUAUAGAAAAAUUAAAGAUACUGGAGUCGAAAGUGGCAGAGAAGUUUUGUCAGAUUAAACUAGACAGUAAGCGACUCUCGGAAUGUCAAAACCAAGGACAAGAUGUGAGGUCAACGAACACAAUUGAAGGUUACUGUGACCAACUUGAGAAGGAAAAUUAAAAAUAUAUAUUUUGAGAAGAAAAAGGAAAUUUAGAUAAAGUAUGGAGACGGUUUUUUUUAAAUUGAUACGUAAAUUAACGACGUGUCUCCAUCAAUACGUUUGAAUUGGGGGGUAUUUUACCAUCAAGGUAAAACGUUAAUCUAUAUUCUGUUACAUUAUGUUUAUAUUAGUACAGAAGACGUUUUGUUUUCAUGAAAAAAAUGGUAUGUAUAUUUAAAAAAUUGGUUUGCUAGCUAUACUUCACCUCUCAACUGAGUACACAAACAUCAUUAAUGUUGAAGAGUGAAGAUGUUUUAUUAUUUUCCUAUCAUUUGUAACAGCUUUUUAUACUUUAUCAUAAAGUGAAGAAUUAAUAUAUACAAUGUUUUCA